CGCCGUGGGGAUGGGAUGGGAUAUGGGGGGAGAUGGACCCUCCGGUAGCAGGAGAAGUGAGUGCGGGUGGUUCGGAGAGUUUCCGAUGCGGUAGUGGAGGAUGCGCAGAAAAGCCCAGUCAUCUUUGAGGGAGGGGAGAAAGCACUCUGGAACGACCUCGGUGCCCACAGAACCCGGGAUGGAGUGUCCUGAUAAUACAUCUGUGCUACUCUCUCCUUUGCAUUCCUGCAGCAUGCAGUGGAGGGGGCACUAUGGAACCUAUCUAGUUCAGAGCAAACGUGUAUGAAUAAGGGAAAGGGAAACGGGAGAGAACUGAAGCCACUUGGAACUUUUUAAAUUCUUAGGUGGGGAUAUUGAGGAUUGAAGUAGAGCAUGGAAGCAACAGACACUCCCAUUAGACUUGGUGUGUGAUUGUUUCUUCAUUCCAUGAUUUAAAAAGGGAUUCAAAAGAGCCUCUUACUAUACUUUAAAAACAGUUGCAGCUAUAGUGGUGUGUAGACAAAAUGCACACAAUCCUGCAUGCACCUGUAGUGGAAGCAAUCAAAAUAAAUGUUGAGACAGUAGGAAAGUGCAAAGGCUUGGGACGUAGUUGCAUCUGUUAGUCUUUAGCAGGGACUGCUCUACAAUGAAGCAGCCCAUUUUCAGCAGCUGAUUGAGUGCUCUAAAAGGAAGGAAAUUGUUUAAUUUAUGGGUUGUGGGCAGAAAUGCUUGUGAGAUUUUCUGCCUCAAGGUUUGUUGUUACAUUCUUUGGGGUGUGAACAAUAUCUGGUUUGUAGUUCAGGUUCGGGGCUCAUUGCUAUUUAAAAUACUAGCCGAGUCCUGAAGCAAUCUUUGAAUAUUUCUGUGGAAACUGGAAAGACAAAAAAUUCAGAAUAUGUAUUGAAUUACCCACCAGAAUUGGCCGUGAAUGACAUUUAUUUAAAAUACAUUUUCUAAAAAGUUUGUUUACUACAUAUUAUUCUCAUUACUAAUAAAUGAUUGGGUGAAGCAUGAGUGUUUCAUAUGAAAACAAUAUUUCAAUUAAAGGUAUUUUCUAUUUAAUAUAUAAUUCCAUUAUUGUAACAUGUUAAUAGUAUCUGCUUUGCAUCUCUAUGCUUGUUCCUAAGAAAGAAUAUCUCUGAGCAGAAAUCGGAUGAUUUUCUAUACACCUUUGAAAAAGACCAAUGCCCUUAUUGCAGAAAUGGGCCUAACUUUCUCAAAUGCAUAUGUCCCCAGUGCACUGUGUUGUCCUAGCAGAGCCAGCAUCUUGACAGGAAAAUAUCCACAUAAUCAUCAUGUUGUAAAUAAUACUUUGGAAGGAAAUUGCAGUAGCAAAUCCUGGCAAAAGAUUCAGGAGCCAUAUACCUUUCCAGCUCUACUCAAGUCUGAGUGUGGGUAUCAAACAUUUUUUGCUGGAAAAUAUUUGAAUGAGUAUGGAGCAGAGGAUGCAGGAGGACUUGGCCAUGUUCCUCCUGGAUGGAGUUUUUGGUAUGCCUUGGAAAAAAACUCCAAAUAUUAUAACUACACACUUUCAGUAAAUGGAAAAGCACGUAGGCAUGGUGCGAACUACAGCAUGGAUUAUCUGACAGAUGUACUGGCUAAUAUGUCCUUGGAUUUUCUGGAGUACAAAUCCAGUUUUGAGCCAUUUUUCAUGAUGAUAGCAACUCCAGCACCACACUCACCUUGGAUAGCUGCUCCACAGUAUAAGAAGAGUUUUGAGAAUGUCAGUGCUCCAAGAAAUAAUAACUUCAAUAUCCAUGGAAAGGACAAACAUUGGCUUAUCAGACAAGCAAAGACUCCAAUGACUAAUUCAUCAAUACAAUUUCUAGAUGAUGCUUUUAGGAAAAGAUGGCAAACACUUCUGUCAGUGGAUGAUCUAAUAGAAAAACUUGUAAAGAAGCUGCAGUUUCUAAGAGAGCUGGAUAAUACAUAUAUUUUUUACACAUCAGACAAUGGAUUUCAUACAGGCCAGUUUUCUUUGCCUAUUGACAAACGGCAGCUAUAUGAAUUUGAUAUUAAAGUUCCAUUGCUUGUUCGAGGGCCAGGAAUAAAACCCAACCAGACAAACAAGAUGCUUGUAGUGAAUAUUGAUUUAGGUCCUACUAUAUUAGAUAUUGCAGGCUAUGAUCUGAAUAAAACCCAGAUGGAUGGAAUGUCAUUGUUACCAUUGUUGGGAGGAGAAAUAAACAAGACCUGGAGAUCAGAUGUUUUGGUUGAAUACCAAGGAGAAGGACAUAACAGCAGUGAUCCUACUUGUCCUGCCCUUGGACCUGGUGUUACUCACUGUUUUCCAGACUGUGUUUGUGAAGAUGCAUAUAACAAUACUUACGCAUGUGUACGGACGCUAUCAACUAAAUGGAAUCUGCAAUAUUGUGAAUUUGAUGACCGUGAGGUGUUUGUUGAAGUUUACAACCUGACUGCAGACCCACACCAGAUUACUAAUAUUGCAAAAACAAUAGAUCAAGAAAUUUUAGAAAAAAUGAAUUAUCGGCUAAUGAUGCUACAGUCCUGCGCUGGAGCAACAUGUCGCACACCAGGAGUUUUUGAUCCAGGGUAUAAAUUCAACCCACAUCUGAUGUUUGGCAACCAAGAACUUCAGACUCGCAGACUUCUUGCACCUUCCCUGUAGCUGAACUUGCCACCUUGUUUGUUGCCAACUCAAUUUCUUUGAAAUGACUGCAGAAAACUACUUAAUCCUUUCUGACAUCGAGAUAUUAGAUCAGCUGAUGUUGCUGGUUAAACAAUCUCUGGCCAUGUGUUAGUGACGUGAUCUGCCCCGUCUACUCAAAUUUGAUUGCCACACAAAUGUUUCAUCUGAAGUUAAAUAUUAAUUUGGGAUGUGAAUCUGAAUGUCCUUUUUUGGUUUUGUUAUAUACACAGAGGUUAGGACUACUGUUUCCUAUGUACAACCACUGCCUAACAGCUUUUUAAAAGAUACAGUGUGCAUCUCAGUACUGCUUCCAUUCUGAAUCUGAUGAAUUAAAUUAAGCAGGUUAGUUGCCAUUUGUUUUCUCUCCUAUUUUUCAGGGUUCACUUGGAUCACUGGCUAGAAUUUGUGUGUCUUGAUAUUAUAUGUGUUUUUACCUACAGAAUCAGCUCAGUAUUUUAAACCAGAAUUAAACCAUUAAAUGAGAAUCCUCCCACCCCCAACUGUGUUUUCUGCUUGACAUGUACACUGAAAUAGUAGAAGUCCUACAAAGUUACCAGUAUAAGGCAUGCCACUCUGAAUAUUUCAACUGGAACUUGGGUCAAUAGUUAGAACAAGUAUCCUUAGAUGCAAUAACUAAAAUGAAAAUUGCAUUACAUCGGUGCAGAAAUUCCUUUUAGGGCAGUUUUUUUCACUGAUACAUUUGCAUCUAAAUCUAAGAAUGGCUAUUACAUGGCUAAGCACGUUUGUAUUCUACACUUGUAAUGCAAUGUAUUUUUGCACUGGGUAGUUCUUAAGAAAAAGCCUUCACAAAAGCUGGUCACUGCAUAAGACUAGGAGCUUUCUGAAUGGAUUUCUUGCAAAUCACAUGGAAUCUGUCCUGGGCAAAGCAGAGUCAAAGGCUAGCUGUUUCUCAAAAGAAAACUUGCAUCUUUAUGACAAUCUGUUAAAAAGGAUAUGACUCUUAUAGUGGAUAGAUAAUUUGAAAUAAGAUUGCUUCUUUUUAUAACUUAUAAAAGCUGUUAUGACAGUUUCUGUCUGAAGGGAGUAAGUAAAUAGCAAGAUAACAGCAAAUUACUUUGAAAUAGACUAUGGAACAUUUGAUCAGAAUUGCAGCUCCUCCUCUAAGUGCCAUUUAUCUCCAUGCUCAUUUUUGGGUGAAUCUUGUGAUUUGAUUUAUUGCAGCUGAACAUGUUCAAGUUGUUGAAAAAAUAUCUUUCAUCAGUUUAGAGAUUGUUAAGGAUCAAAAUCAAACAAUAUAUGGAAAACUGACCUGAUGUUGGAUCCAAUCUUAUGCCUUAAGAUAUAAUAACUGAAAACAAAGGCACACAUUAUUCAUGUCCCCAAGUUAUUUCAACAUGUAGGAAUGUCAACUAUGACCAAGUCAGUUUUAAUAUUCUCAAGAAAGUGAUUAAAUUUCUUAUGUGAUUGAUACCUAGCAUACACUUGAGGUAUUUCAGGUUUAUGCCUAGCAAAAUAUUUAAGAUUAUUUUUAUGCCUGGGUCAGAACAUAGUUGUAAUAUUUUGUCUUCCCUUCAUACUAUAAUACUAAUCAUGAAAAAGCAGUGCAAAACCUAGAACAGAAAUUCAGUAUUGAACUGUUCCUUACAUUAAUCUUGUUUUUCUUAUGUACAACUAUUAUUCACCUGUAUAUUUUUCACAUUUGGUUAAUGCGCUCGUAAACCACUUCUAAAUUAAUUAAUAGUGUAGGGAGAAAUCAGGAGUUAGGCAUAGUUAACAUACUGUGAAAUAUUUAUAGUUUUUCUUUCCUAUUAAAUGGUUUUACCUCACAACAGAUCAAUUUGCACCUCAAAAUGUUAACUGAUUUAGAUAUGAUGAAAAUUACAUAUAGUUGCAACUUCACUAUGAAAAUAAAAUUUUGGAAGAUUUCAAGUUGUUUCCAAAGAAUAUGUACAGAAAAAUAUAUAUUUGGAUUUACAAACCACCUGAGCUUGAAUGAGAAAUAGCAUUAUUUCCUUGUAAUAGCUACUCAACAUUUAUCUUCCUGUGCCCUUGAUUUAAUCAUUUUAACAAAAAACAAAAAUUAUAACAUACAGUGCAUUGUU